GAAGACUCAGAGCUCUGCUCCACAGCUGCCUCUCCCAGUGCCCCAGGCCUUAUCACCAGCAUUCUGUAGCUUUCUGGGUGAAAACCUUUGAUUUCUUUCACGGGAUACACAAAGAAAUCCUGAGCCAGAACUACAGGUGCCAGCCCCUGAGUUUUUCAGGACAGGAGUCUCCGGGGCAAAAGAGGCAAAGUUCUCGGAAAGGAAAGAGACACUGGUAGGACCCAUCGGGUCAGCUGGACGUCUGGGCGCCCAUGCUGCUGUCAUGGCUCACAGGAUUUGGGGCUGGACUGCUCUCCCUGCACUUCGUGCAGAAACUUCUGUUCCCGUACUUCUGGGACGAUUUGUGGUUCUUGCUGAAGGUGAUACGCUACGGAAUUAAGAUGGAGAUGUACAAACUGAGAGGGGAGCUGGUCACGGUGCUGGAUAAGUUCUUGAGCCACGCCAGGAGGCAACCACAGAAAGCCUUCAUCAUUUAUGAGGGGGACGUCUAUACCUACGAGGACGUGGACAAGAGAAGCAACAGAGUAGCCCAUGCCUUCCUGAGCCACUCCUCGCUGAAAAGGGGGGACGUUGUGGCUUUGUUGAUGAGCAACGAGCCCGACUUCGUUCAUGUGUGGUUUGGCCUGGCUAAGCUGGGCUGCGUGGUGGCCUUCCUCAACUCCAACCUUCGCUUCGAUUCCCUUCUGCAUUGCAUCCGCACCUGUGAACCCACUGCCGUGGUGGUGGGCGGAGAUUUGCUUGGAAGCAUAGAAGAAAUCCUUCCCAGCCUCCCAAAACAUGUCAGGGUUUGGGGAAUGAAGGAUUCUGUUCCAGAAGGUAUCAUUUCACUCAAAGAAAAGCUGAGUCUUGCCUCUGAUGAGCCAGUACCACCAAGUCAUCAUGUCACCUCAAGCCUCAAGUCUACUUGCCUCUACAUUUUUACCUCCGGAACAACAGGUCUACCCAAAGCGGCUGUGAUUAGCCAGUUGCAGAUGUUGAAAGGAUCUGUUGGACUAUGGGCAUUUGGCUGCACAGCUGAUGACAUCAUUUAUAUAACCCUCCCUCUGUACCAUAGCUCAGGGGCUCUCCUUGGAAUUGGUGGAUGUGUUGAGUUGGGGGCCACAUGUGUGUUAAAGAAGAAAUUCUCCGCAAGCCAGUUUUGGAUUGAUUGCAAGAAGUAUAACGUGACUGUGUUUCAGUAUAUUGGGGAACUUUGCCGUUACCUGUGCAAACAACCUCAGAGAGAAGGGGAAAAGGACCACCGGGUGCGUUUGGCAGUUGGAAACGGUAUGAGCAGUGAUGUGUGGAGACAAUUUUUAGACAGAUUUGGAAAUAUUAAAAUGUGUGAAUUUUACGGAGCUACCGAAGGAAACAUAUGCUUCAUGAACCAUACUGGGAAGAUUGGAUCUGUUGGGAGAGCCAACUUCUUCUACAAUCUUUUUUUCUCCUUUGAGUUGAUAAAGUAUGACUUUCAGAAAGAUGAACCACUGAGGAACGGACAAGGCUGGUGCUACCGUGUGAGAAAAGGAGAACCUGGUCUCCUCAUUUCUAGAGUCAAUAAGAAGAAUCCCUUCUUUGGCUAUGCUGGCUCAUACAGGCACACGAAAAGCAAGCUGCUUUUUGAUGUGUUUAAGAAGGGAGAUGUUUACUUCAACACGGGAGACCUAAUGUUCCAAGACCAUGAGAACUUUCUGUAUUUUUGGGACCGUAUUGGAGACACUUUCAGGUGGAAAGGAGAAAAUGUCGCAACCACAGAGGUUGCUGAUAUGCUUGGGAGGUUGGACUUCAUACAGGAAGCAAACGUGUAUGGUGUGCCCGUGCCAGGUUAUGAAGGAAAAGCGGGAAUGACUUCUGUUAUUCUAAAACCAAACAAGUCUUUAGACUUACAAAAAAUGUACGACCAAGUGGUGACAUCUCUACCAGCUUAUGCCUGCCCACGGUUUUUAAGAAUUCAGGACAAAAUGGAAACAACAGGGACAUUCAAGCUAAAGAAGCUACAACUGAUGGAAGAAGGAUUUAAUCCGCUGAAGAUUUCUGACCCACUUUACUUUAUGGAUAAUUUGAAAAAAUCUUAUGUUCCAUUGACCAAAGAGAUUUAUAAUCAGAUAAUGUCAGAGGAGCUUAAAGUUUAAGACUGUAUUUAUGGGACUUUGAUGGCUUCCUGGGAAAGGUGACAGAAGAUUCAUGGACCUCUUUGUGGACAAACAUGGAGGAGUUCUUUUCAUGAAUUGAAAGAAAUUGUACAUGAAGCAUGCAUUUUGUAUACCCAAGCAUCCAAAGCCCACCCUUCUCAGCACAGUGAGCCGUGAAGUAGGAGCUGUUUGCCUCAUGGUGGCAAGGCUGACUUGAGGCUGCUGCUCACAGUUGCUGCCCAGAAUCACCAGAAAGCAGCAUGAGCUUUAUAGUAUGAGGUCAGAGGUAGACUACAGUUCAAAGUACAAUGAUUUCUGAAUGCAUUUGGGAAGUAAAAUCAAACAGGCCGUAGUAUUACCACCUGACUCUGUCAGGAAUGUGAUGAUUUACUCUGAAGCGGAGAUGGGGAAAUAACGUUCAGCAUAGGCUGUGUUUCCUUCUCAAGCAGAAUUUCCUUGAGUUUACUAAGACUUAGAUUUGCUUUGAUUGAUAUAAACUUAGCUGAUAUUUUAUUAAUUUUAAGAUUCAGUCAGUAACAAAAUACUUGCCUUAAUAUUGAAGAUUUUAAAUAAUACAUAAGUAAUUAACAGUUGAAUCAUUUAAAAUACUUUUAUGUAAAGAUUCUAGUUUUC